AGGUGAGUAAGGUCUGAGCUCACACAGGGACAGUCUUCCCACUUUGGGUUGUAGAAUUCCUUUAAGACGGGCAUCCGGAUAUCAUUUCUUCAGCUGAAGACCUGCAGCCAAUCCUCUGACUGGGACAAAGUCCUUUUUACUGUGUCAUUUUACACUCCUUUGCUCCCCCCACCUUCACUCUGAAUGGUUUAAUGUUACACCCUCUGUGAGGCUUUACCUGCCCAGGUGAACUGCUCUGCUAAAAGUGAACGUCGCUCAUGAAGCCAUAUCUAUGCUGCUGAUGACUUCCUGACUGGAUUCAACGAGACAUCCCGACUCCAAAUGAGUAUCGAGGAGUAUAGUAUACAGUCAGAAGUUGUCAUGGCGAUGGCGGGGGCCUCUGCUCCACCCCUUUCCCCCUCAGAGUAUGGACUUUUGUCUCCGCCUCCUGACCUGUGCGUCUCAUGUGGGCACAGCCACCAGCUGGAGGAGAACCACGAGUACCUCUACACAGACGAGGUGGACGACGACCUGGUCUGUCACAUCUGCCUGCAGGCGCUCAUCAGGCCUCUGGACACGCCCUGCGGACACACCUACUGCCAGGAGUGCCUCACCAGCUUCCUGCUGGAGAGCGACUUCUGCCCGGUGUGCCGCACGCCCCUCAUGCUGCAGAGCUGCAGGAAACCCAGUCUGCUGGUGCACAAGCUGCUGGACAAGCUGACUGUGGCUUGCCCCUUCACUGACUUUUGCACUGACACCAUGGCCCGUGGGGAAGUGGCAGACCACAUCAAAAGCAGGUGUAAAGGGGCCUCUCACUAUGGGCUCUCAGCAGACAGGAAGCGGCGCUCCCAGGAGGGCGAGUGCACCGACAGCACGUCAGAACUCACCAUCGCCACGCUGCCAAAUGACGGCCCCACCUCCGCCGCCGUGGCCCUCCUCUCAGACGAGCCUGGUCUGGUCAACCCCGCCUUCGACCCCAGCAUGGAGGACAAUAGUCAGUCAGGCAGCACAACCAGCCUGGCCGCCCGCAGCAGCAGCAAGAAGAGUGAGUUCAGAAAUUUUGACCGUUCUUCAGUGAGGAGCCGUUCCUUCAGGAGGUUGAACCGGGCGUUCAGUGUCCUGCGGAGGACAAAGAGCGGCAACGCAGUGAGCAAUGAGACGUCUGAGGAGAGAGACAACGCCAGGAACUCCAACGUGCCACAGGAAGUGCUGCCUCUUCCUCAGCUGCAUCACCUGAUCCCUGACGGUGAACUCACCAGUAUUAAGAUCACGCGGGUGGAUCCUUCAGACCCGCUGGCAAUCAGCAUUGUCGGUGGCAAUGAGACGCCCUUGGUUCGCAUCCUCAUUCAGGAUAUAUACAGAGAAGGUGUCAUUGCUCGAGAUGGACGCUUGCUGCCCGGGGACAUGAUCCUGAAGGUCAACGGCAUUGACAUCAGCAAUGUACCCCACUGCUAUGCCGUGGCAACACUUAAACAGCCCUGCCAGCUCCUCCGGCUUACAGUGCUCAGAGAACAGCGCCAUCACUACCGCUCACAUUCGCAGAGCCACCCACACGGCCACGGGCAUGAUGUCGCCGGGGGCCACCUAUCUCACGGUCUACCCCACCAUCCCUUAAGGGACGAUAGCAUCCAUGUGGUCCUGAAUAAAUCCGUUCCAGAUGAGCAGCUGGGCAUUAAGCUAGUGAGGCGGCCGGAAGAGCAUGGCGUCUUCAUCUUUCACCUCCUGGAGGGCGGCCUGGCAGCACGUGAUGGACAGUUGUGCGUUGGUGACCGCGUGCUGGCCAUCAAUGGGCACGAUCUACGUUACGGAGCCCCAGAACAUGCUGCUCUGCUAAUCCAGGCAAGCGAGGAGGCUGUCCACUUCAUCGUGUCUCGUCAGAUUUGCCUGCCUACCCCGGAUAUCUUACAAGAAGCUCCGUGGGGCAUGGACGGCCCUCCACCAUAUUCCCCUGUGGAUAUAGAGCAAACACUUCUGGACUCUUGUCAGAAGCCUGCAUGCUAUGAGAAGACGGUAACACUGACCAAGGAGCCGUAUGACUCCCUGGGUAUGACGGUGGCGGGUGGCAUGUCCAGCCGAGGGUGGGACCUCCCCAUUUACGUCACGAAUGUGGACUCUGAUGGAGUGGUGGGACAGGAGGGCUCCAUCCGCAAAGGUGACAUCUUGUUAAACGUGAACGGGGUGGACUUGACGGGGGUGACGCGAGGCGAAGCCGUGGCCAACUUGAAGAACACCUCCUCCCCCGUAGUGCUCAAGGUCUUGGAGAUGCGUCCUCCAGAAGACAGCAUGCAGGACUGCGCCAUGCCGCCCUGUCUCACACCUUCACCCACAGACAGCACCAAGAGCCCCGUGCCCAAUGAUGAUUACUCACCAAUCUGGGUGUCAUGGCUGCAGCUACCCAGGCAUCUCUACUGCUGCAAAGACAUUGUGCUGCGGCGGAGCACUUCGGGCAGUCUGGGCUUCAGCAUCGUGGGAGGUCAGGAGGAGGUCAACUGCAAUCAAUCCUUUUUUAUCCGCUCCAUCGUGGAGGGGACACCAGCCUACAAUGAUGGCAGGAUAAGGUGUGGGGACAUUUUGCUGGAGGUGAACGGGACGAGUACAUGGGGGAUGACCCACACAGCGUUGGUGCGCCUUUUAAAGGAGCUGCGGGGCAGGAUCACCCUGACCAUCGUCUCCUGGCCGGGCAGUCUGCUGUAGCGGUGCUAAAUCUUCAGUGGCACGGACCAAGGAAUGUUGGACUUCAGAGCUUUGGACUUUCUGACCACCCUAAGCUUGCUGUGUGGGAGAAGCUUAGAAUAGUGCUAUAGCUGUAUGGAUAUCUCACUUCUGAUGGACAGCUGAGACUUUUUCCAGGAGUUUGGAGAGGGACAAACAUGAGACUGGAUUGUUACCAGAGGUUAACUUGCCCCCCCCCCCCCCCCCCAAGAAUGCUGAACAGGGAGGAUCCAAAGCUGAGCCACUUCAGACUUUAAUGUUGGUCUUGUCUGUUUAGAGUAAACGUCUCUGGCACAGCAUACAGUGAGUCUGGUGGGUGGAUCGAGAGGAGACACAACACGUUGCCAAUUCCAGUAGUUAUAUAUUAGAGGUAUGCGUUAAGUUGGACUCACAUUUCUUUACUGUAAAUGUUGGGUGUCUAAAAAAAAAAGUACUGAUCCAAGCACUUGUAAUACGUUUCUUUUGUUUGUUUGUGGUAUGGCCUUUUAAUAUCGGCUCCAUUCUGUUUGUACUGACAGUGGUUGUCAUUUUCAUCUGUUGACCUGAUGACACGUUGCCAAGUAGUAGUCUGUGUUGAGGUUUUUUCUAUUAUUUCAGAAGCUAUGGCUUAAUUAUCCAACCACUGGAAAUAAAAAGAGUAUAUUAAGAAAAUAAAAAGAUCAAUGUGUUCAUAACAUGUUAAAAAAUAAUAUUUAAUUAGGUGACAUUAUGGAGGCCUUACAAAUUUUCUUACUUUUAAGAAAAAAAACUGACUUGGUUUCUGUGUAUCAGUGGAUGGUCUGAGGCCCAUCUGCUGCGGUUCUAUCUGUCAUGCUUCGGCCUGUGUAGUAUAUCUGAUGGUACAUUUGGUUAAAUGAUCAAUAAAGUCAUUUGAAAAUGA